UCAAGCGGACGCGGGGCUUCGCAAAUGGCUUGUCCCGCCCUCGGUCUGGAAGCUCUUCAGCCUUUGCUGCCCGAGCCGCCCCCUGACCCUGCUUUCUCCGAGGCACAGAAGUGGAUAGAGCAAGUAACUGGCAGAAGUUUUGGUGAUAAGGAUUUUCGGACAGGGUUAGAAAAUGGGAUCCUCCUCUGCGAGUUGCUGAAUGCUAUAAAGCCAGGACUUGUUAAAAAGAUCAAUAGAUUGCCUACCCCCAUUGCAGGAUUGGACAAUAUCAUCUUAUUCUUGAGAGGUUGUAAAGAGCUUGGCCUUAAAGAAUCUCAACUUUUUGACCCAAGUGACCUCCAGGAUACAUCAAACAGAGUAGCAGUCAAGAGCCUUGAUUAUAGCAGAAAGCUCAGAAAUGUAUUAGUUACCAUUUACUGGCUGGGAAAAGCAGCAAAUAGCUGCGCAUCCUAUAGUGGAGCUACGCUGAACUUGAAGGAAUUCGAAGGAUUGUUGGCUCAGAUGAGAAAGGAGACUGAUGACAUUGAGAGUCCUAAGCGUAGUAUCCGAGACAGUGGCUACAUUGACUGCUGGGACUCCGAGCGCAGUGACUCCCUGUCUCCUCCCCGGCACGGCAGAGAUGAUUCCUUCGACAGCCUGGAUUCCUUUGGCUCCCGUUCCCAUCAGACACCUUCCCCAGAUGUAGUCCUCAGGGGAAGCAGCGAUGGGAGAGGAAGUGACUCUGAAUCUGACUUGCCUCAUCGGAAGCUGCCAGAUGUGAAGAAGGAUGAUAUGUCCGCGCGGCGGACUUCCCAUGGUGAGCUGAAAUCAGCAGUGCCUUUUAACCAGUACCUCCCGAACAAAAGCAACCAGACAGCUUAUGUCCCUGCUCCUCUGAGAAAGAAGAAAGCAGAGCGAGAGGAGUACAGAAAAAGCUGGAGUACUGCCACUUCCCCCCUGGGCGGGGACAGGCCCUUCAGCUAUCCAGAAACAAUAGAGGAAGAGGGAAGUGAAGUGGGGUCUCCUUGUGAAGAGGACCCAGUCAGCCACAUGGACUUUGGUGGGAAGUCUUCUGAUAGUGGGUUAGAAUUACCUGGUGGCAGUGGUAAGGAACAGCCUUCUCCAGAGGGAGCCAUGGUGGCACCAGCUCCCAAGUCUGAAGAAAAAGAUGCAGCUGAAAUUCAAAAGCGCAGAAAGCUAGAGCAAGUUGGAAUCAAGGUCAUGCCAGCAGCACAGCGCUUUGCCAGUCGAAAACAAUUAAGUAAUGACAAAGAAGCUGUUCGUGAUAUUAUCCUUCGCAAAGAAAAUGCUUUCCUGGCCCACCAACAAGGCAAAGAUUUGGAGUCUGAAGAUGAAGUUACAUGUCGACUGCCUGAUCUUGAGAAAGACGACUUUGCUGCAAGGAGAGCAAGGAUGAACCAGAACAAGCCAAAGGUGCCAUUGAAUCAGCUGCUGUAUGGGCCUUAUCGAAAAAAAGAACCAGAGAAAUCAGAUGGCAGCAAACAACUCUCAAAGGGAAUCUCAGGAAGGAAAAAUCUAGAAUAUACAAGGAACCCGGGCCAAACACAAAAGGUGAAGGCGAAAGUGACCUGUAUUACUCGAGCCCAGGAAAGUGAACCUAUGGAGGAAGGACUCAGGAAGAUGCCUGAUCUUUACAAAGAUGACCUGGCACAGCGGAGGAUUCACGGCAGCCUCACUCCACACCGUGAGGCUCCGAGCUUUGUCACAGUCUCCAAGAUAACAGAAGCUGACUUGGAGACGUGGGAGAGGCUGAAAGUGUCAGAGAAGACAAGGGAUGGAGAUGUUCAGCACAUCUGCACCCCUGAGCCUUUACCAGAAAUCAAAGCAGAAACAGCCAUCCGAGAUGACUUUGCCAGCCGCAAAGCAAGGGCCUAUAAAAAAUCCUCCAGCCCUCGGCAAAAGUUUGUGCACUUUGGACCGGUGACAGAGAUAGAUCAGCAGAAAUGGAAGCGGCUCAGCAUUGGCAAGGCCGGGCCUAGGGAGGAUGCGGAAGAAGUCGUCAGUUACACCAGCAAGGUCCAAGCUUACUCUGUGUCCCCUGCCUCAGUGGCCGCUUCCAGCUUAGAAGAACACCACGUGCUUAACCCACAGAAUGACUGCAGAAUAGUGAAUUCUGGUGUAAAUGACUAUGGCAAAAGGGUCUCAAGUCUGGCUCCUGUGUUGGAGACUCAGGAGGAGAAUGUCUGCAGCUUGGGCGAGUGCCCAAGGAAGACUGAGAAAGUUACAUCCAAACAGCUGCCACAGGAUGGAAAAGAAGAGAAUGAAGGAGUUGCUCAGAGAGGUUCUGAGAUACUGCCAGAGGCAGAAAAAUCUGAGGAGAAGAACCAGCCACUUUGGUGCCCUCUGGCCUCUGAGUGGGAGGCUUCAGGGACAGAAGAGAACUUGGAGAAGAUGACAGCUCCUACCUGGAAUGGCAGUGGAGUGAAAGACCAAGCAAAGCUGUCUGACUCACAAAAAGAUGACAUGGUGACCAGGAGAACUGGGGUGUCCCUUAGACACACUGGAUUCAACCCAAACCAGUUCCUUCCGAUUCCAUUUGCAAAACAACAGGAUGUGGAGGUAUCAGCCAAGGGUUCACCAGUGCAAGAUAAGAGAUACGGUCCGAGAACUCCUGUGUCUGAUGACGCAGAGAGCACGAGUAUGUUUGAUGUGCGCUGUGAGGAGGAGGCUGCGGUACAGCCGCACAGCAGGGCCCGUCAGGAGCAGCUGCAGCUGAUAAAUAACCAGCUGAGAGAAGAGGAUGACAAAUGGCAAGAUGACCUGGCUCGAUGGAAGAGCCGCAGAAGAAGUGUUUCUCAGGACUUAAUCAGGAAAGAAGAAGAAAGGAAAAAAAUGGAAAAGUUACUGGCUGGAGAAGAUGGGACAAGUGAACGAAGGAAAAGCAUCAAAACCUAUAGAGAAAUUGUUCAAGAAAAAGAGCGGAGAGAGAGAGAAUUGCAUGAGGCGUAUAAGAAUGCUCGGUCCCAGGAGGAGGCAGAGGGGAUUCUUCAGCAGUACAUUGAGAGGUUCACCAUCAGCGAGGCUGUUCUUGAACGCCUGGAGAUGCCAAAAAUCCUGGAAAGAAGCCAUUCAGCAGAGCCAAACUUAUGCCCCUUCCUGAGCGAUCCCAACCCCAUGAAAUACCUGCGGCAACAGUCACUGCCUCCACCCAAAUUCACUGCCAUUGUUGAAACCACCAUCGCUGGUACCAGUGUUCUGGAUACCAGCAUGUUAGCAGGCAGUGGGUCUCCAAGCAAAACUGUCACUCCCAAAGCAGUGCCUAUGCUGACACCCAAGCCUUACUCCCAACCCAAAAACUCUCAAGAGGUUCUGAAGACCUUUAAGGUAGAUGGGAAAGUCAGCAUGAAUGGAGAAAUGAUUCAUGGAGAUGAGGAAAAGGAAAGAGAGUGCCCCACAGUGGCACUUUCUCCCUCCUUAACCAAGUCCCAGAUGUUUGAAGGUGUGGCCACAGUGCAUGGGUCCCCGGUGGAAUUGAAACAAGGCAACAAUGGCAUUGAGAUCAACAUAAAGAAACCAAAUUCUGUUCCCCAAGAAUUGACAGCAACCACUGAGGAAGCUGAACCGAACAGUCAGGAGGAUGAGAAUGAUGGUGGAAAAGCAGAAAAGGGGAACACAGAAUUUGCCUCAUCAGAGCCACAGCAUUUUACAACAACCGUAACUCGAUCUAGCCCAACUGUGGCCUUUGCGGAGUUUUCCUCCAGCCCCCAGCUAAAAACCCACGUGCCAGAAGAAAAAGAUCAGAAGAAACUCGAAAAUGAAAUGAGUGGAAAGGUGGAGUUGGUGCUGUCACAAAAGGUAAUAAAGCCAAAAUCUCCAGAACCAGAAGCAACCCUGACGUUUCCAUUUCUGGACAAAAUGCCUGAAACCAACCAACUGCAUUUGCCAAAUCUCAAUUCUCAAGUGGAUUCACCAAGCAGUGAAAAGUCACCUGUAACUACACCUUUUAAAUUCUGGGCAUGGAACCCAGAAGAGGAACGCAGGCGACAGGAAAAAUGGCAACAGGAGCAGGAACGUUUGCUCCAGGAGAGAUACCAGAAAGAACAGGACAAACUGAAAGAAGAAUGGGAAAAGGCCCAAAAGGAGGUGGAAGAGGAAGAACGCAGAUACUAUGAGGAGGAACGCAAGAUAAUUGAAGACACGGUGGUUCCAUUUACUGUUUCUUCAAGUUCUGCAGACCAGCUGUCCACAUCCUCCUCCAUAACUGAAGGCAGUGGGACAGUGAAUAAGAUGGACUUGGAAAGCUGUCAAGAGGAAGGACAAGAGAGAAGGCAGAAGAAACCAUUGCAGGAGGGUGACAAUGACUUAUUGCUUAAGAAUAGUGAAAGUGAUCCACUGGAGGAAAAGAGGAGCCUAACUCAAGGGGCCCUGGCUCACUCUGAGAACCCUGUACCAAAAGGAAUCCACCAGGACCAGCAACUGGAAGCAGAAGCUGGGGCUCCACACUGUGGGAUGAGCCCACAGCUAUCUCAGGAUCCAUCCCGGAAUCAGCAGGUAUUAAACCCACCUACGCCCAUUUCAGAAGAUGUGAAGCCAAAAACUCUCCCACUGGAUAAAAAUAUUAACCAUCAGAUUGAGUCUCCAAGUGAAAGGCGGAAGACAAGCCCUCAAGAGAACUUCCAGGCUGGGCAUUUGUCCCCCUGCUCUCCCACCCCUCCUGGCCAGUCACCAAACAGGUCUAUAAGUGGGAAGAAGCUGUGCUCCUCCUGUGGCCUUCCUUUGGGUAAAGGAGCUGCUAUGAUCAUCGAGACUCUUAAUCUCUAUUUUCACAUCCAGUGCUUUAGGUGUGGAAUUUGUAAAGGACAGCUUGGAGAUGCAGUGAGUGGGACAGAUGUCAGGAUUCGAAAUGGUCUUCUAAACUGUAAUGAUUGCUACAUGCGAUCCAGAAGUGCUGGCCAACCUACAACGUUGUGAUGUGGUUCUCAAGCUUCCAGAUCAUUCACCAUUUGUUUAUUGAGGGUGUCCCUGGCAAUCGCCUAACAAAAUCCCAAAUUCGGGGGCUUCCCAGCAUUCAUCUGAUUUCAGAAAGGCUAUUCUAAAAGAUGGUAUCUGUUCUUUUGUAGCACAGUGUUUGUGUUUUACCUUUUUUUUUUUUUUUGCCUUUGCACAUAUAUAAAAGAGAAUAUUGAUCCUGAAUAGCUCAAAAAGGGUCUUAGCAUGGUCAAGCAGGCUUAUGGUUUAAAAUGUGCUAUUCUCUUCUUUGGGACUUAAUAAGGUAAAUGAUGCAAUGAACCUGUUUUGUGUUAGUAUUUCUAGGAAUUAAACAUUUUACGUUUACAGAAUUAAGCUGCAGAAAGUGCAAGACAUGCCAAUUUGAGACAUGCAGUCUUCUAAGAUAGGGUAAGAUUAAUGCAUUUCAGAAACUAAACAUCACAGCGAGCUGUCUGAGCUAUAACUUGUUUUAAAUGCAAAGACACUAGUCUGAUAAUAUAUACUGUAAUCCUGAAAACCUUUGUGUUACUUAAUUUUUGAGGGUAGAAGUUAUACCAAUAAAUUAUUGCACCGUUAGCAUUAGAUUUUGUGUUCCUUGGAAGUUAUGUCAUUAAUAUAGGCUGUUCCAUCAAAUAAAGAGAACCCUUGCAAUAUCUGCUAGACUUACACUCUGGGACAUUGCCCAAGGGAGGAAAACGACAGCGGGAAAUAUUUCUGUCAUCAUUUCCAACGUUAUUGCCAAAAUCUGUGAAAAAGUUUAAUCUUCAAAAGAGUGGUAGAUCAUAGCCAUGAGAUCUGUGUGGCUUGCUUCUCUUCAGGCACUAGAUUAGGAGUCCUCAAUAAGGGACUUUAUAUUAGGCAGUGGAAGAUCUCAUUGAGAUAAGUCAUCAUUAGGAGUGGCCACGCCCCACCUUGCCUGCAAGUUCUCCUUGAGGGCCUGCAACUCAAGAAUCUAAAUAAAAGCAUCAAUUCCAUCCUCAUAGAAUCCAAAAUGACAUAAUGUUGUGAAAAGCCACUGGUGUGUGAUCAGCAAUAACCUACCGCUCAAAUUGUGCCCUGCCCACUCUAAUGGACACAUGCUCUCCUUCAUUCUCCUUCAUCACCACCUCUCUUCACCAUCAAGAAUUCUGGACCCUGCGCAUAGAGAAGUUUAUAGAGAGGACCUCUUACCGGGAGCUUGUUUAUUUUCUGCCUUGUGUGAGGAGUUUCAGCUGGCCAAGAAAAGAGUCAAGUUAUUUAAAAAGUCACGUUUUAGAUCUCAAGGCUGUUUUCUUUAAGACUGAGAAGGAAGAACUAUUUAUUCUGCCUUAAAACAAUGGCAAAUAAGUGAAGAUUACAUUACGUGAAUGUAGACUAUGGAGACACUCCUACCUAAUAGGUUAAUGUAGUCCUAAAAGGAGAUCAAGUAGAUGUUUUUCUGUUAUGUAAGCAAUAAUUCUUUUUCUGUGUCUUACUGAGUAUUUAAAAAAAAAAAAAAAAACCCAUUGCCAUGGAGUCGAUUCUGACUCAUAGUGACCCUGGUGGUGUACUAGUUAAGAGCUGCGGCUGUUAACCAAAAGGUCGGCAGUUUGAAUCCACCAGGUGCUCCUUGGAAACCCUAUGGGGCAGUUCUACUCUAUUCUUUCGGGUUGCUGUGAGUUGCUGAGUAUGGCUAGCAAUUAUUUAUUUACAUGCUAGAUGGUUCUUUGCAUCUGGGUUCCAUAUAAGUGCAGAAAUUUCCUCAGCCACUGGAGGUAUUUUGACCGUAUUUUCAUUUGGACAAGCUGUUGUUAGAUUGAAAUUUACACACCAUUUCAUUAAAAAUUGUGCCUUAGAAAAUGCAAAGCCGUUGCACAUAGUCAGUGGUGAAUCAUGGGUGCAGUACAUUGAAGGGAGAUGAAGUCAUUUCCAAGGUCCCAAGACUUCUCAUGAAGGUAUUUGCUGUUUUACAGGAAAAAAAAUUUACAGAAAAAAAAGCAAAAGAAAAAAGUUUUGAAAAUGUACAGAUUAAGUCCAAUAUUUUGAUUAACCACCUGCAUGUUUAUUAACUAUUUUGAUAAUGUGGAUGUUUACACUUUGCAUGAUCUUAGCAGAGUACCUUAUCACAAGUGAUGCACAAACAUGUACAAUAUGAUCAUUCAUAACCGGUUUUUAUAGAAUACUUUUUACAUGUGAAACUCCAUCCGUUAUGUAAGGCAUAUAUGAAUAUUGCACAUUCUCUUCUGGUUUCACAAACCCAUUUAUACAUAUUUCUUAGUGAGACUCAUUAUACAUGUAUUGAAGCUAGAAUCGAGUCAAGAAAAAUAAAGCCCCAUUCUCCAACUGCAGAACGUGCUUUUCCAUAAUGAACACUAGUCACCAGCACAGAAUAAUCUCCUACAUUUUCUAAAUUCUAAUUGCCAACUGUUUCUAUUUAUAUUUGAUUUAUAUUUCAUUUGGAGUCUGUUACAUGGCAGCUUCAGCAGACUCGAUCUUGUUUUUCCCAGUGCAGCAUAAUGAGUAUGAUCUAUUUCUUUUUAAAUAAUCUUUGAGAUCCCGGGGUGGGGGAGGGGGGAAUGCUCUGCACUGUUGAGCUAUAAUAUAAACGCGUUUGUUUAAAAAAAAAAAAAAAAGGGAUGAGGCAAGUGAGUGAUUUAUCAUUCCUAAGGAAGUAUAUAAGUAUAUCUGAUUUUUUUCCUCAUACUCCAAAUACUAGUCCCAUCUCUUUCUUAAGAAAACAUGGGUAAUGCUUUGUUUUUCACUAGCAAACUUUUAUGACAUUUCCUCAUUCUUUCUAUGUACUGUUAUUAAUGCAAUACCUAUUAUAGUUAUCCAUACACAGUAUAAGAUUUAACGAACUACAGGAUCCACCUCCUAUGUGAGUCUGUCUAAAAGAUAUUACUGUUAUGGGUGGGCCAAUGUUCUAUAUCAAUUACACUAACCUUCAUUUACAAUAUUUAUUCUAAAAUGCCUCUGAGAAAUAGUAAAAAAAAUAAAAAUAAAAAGUUGUCUAAAAUGCAACAGCUUUUAUAGUAAAUGUACAUUUAUAAAUAAAAUACUCCAAUCAAUUUUGUAUUCUAUUGAUUUGGUG